AUGGCAAACGCUCACAUCAACACCGCAUUGAACGGCUUCUUCGGCGCCACCAAGUACGCCGUCGUAGGGGCAAGCAAGGACCCCUCCAAGUUUGGCAACAAGGUGCUCAAAUGGUACCAAGCACACAACCUCGAUGUGACGCCCAUCCACCCGAAAGAAUCCGAGAUCGAAUCCCUCGCCACGCAGCCGGACGUUGCACACUUUCUGGACAGCGCCGGUACCUCUGCAGACAACGUAGCCGUCUCGGUCAUCACCCCGCCUAAGAUUAGCUUGGCAGUCGUGCAAAAGGGGUUGCACGAACAGGGCGUAUCCACAUUCUGGCUCCAGCCGGGGGCGGAAGAUGCGGAGCUGAUCAGCUGGGUCAAGUCGCAACCGGACCCGAUCCAGGACCGAGUCAUAUAUGGUGGUCCCUGUAUUCUUGUCUCUGGUCGUCAACUUGCUGCGGCGAAGGGCAAGCUCUAG